AUGGACAGAUUGUUGCUCUCAGUUCUGGGUAACGGCAUUGUUCUGGUGAUCUGCUACCGCCGCCGGAAGAAGAUGGUGGGUUCUGAACUGCUAUGCAUUAACCUGGCCGUGGUGGACUUCCUGUGCUGCAUCUGCUUCUACCCGCUCUCCAUUGUGUCAUCCUUCCACCAUGCGUGGCUGGGCGAAUAUGUCACGUGCAUCUAUUAUGGCCUUGGCUGCUACAUCUUUGGCCUGUGCGGCAUGUUCACCAUCGCCGCCAUCAGCAUUAUACGCUAUCUUAAAACGUGCUAGAGCUUGGUUUACGCUGCGUGGUUGGAGAACACCAACAUUAGGCUGGUAUGCUGUGUCAUCUGGCUGGUGGCCACAGUGUGGUCCAGCUUCCCUCUCUUUGGCUGGGGCGGGUAUGUCCCAGAGCCCUACGGAUUGUCAUGUACCAUCGCCUGGCGGGGCUACCACACCUCCGCCAAGGACGCCUUCUAUGUCAUCUGCUCUUUUGCGUGCUUUACGUUGAUGCCUGUCUUGGUCAUUGUAAUGUCCCAUUGCCAGGUCUUGUACAAGAUAUCCCGCUUCUCUUAUUCACUGUUGGCGCGAGGCACGACUCUUCAUGGUGAGCUGUGAAUGUUGUGUGUGUGUGCUGUUUUCUCUGUUCUUCACUUAGACUCACUCAUCUCUAUGUCCUGUAUCAUUACCAAUGUUAUUUUCUUUUAUCUAUCCGUUUUUCCCCCCAAAUGUUUUUCUGCAUCAGUCAUCGCCUGGGCACUGUACACCAUCGUGUCCUUCCUCUUCAUAUUCCACAAGGAGAACCAGUACAUGGCUCCUGAGGGCUUUGUUUUCCCUGCCCUCUUUGCCAAAAGUUCCCAUAUCUACAACCCGUUUAUUUACUUCUACUUCAACAAAACCUUCCAGAAGGAGCUCCAGUCCUUCCUGGUCUAUUUCUGGCCCAAAUUGGGAGGCAAUCGGGUUGGAGCCCAAGUCAUUUUGAGCCACCCGGGUCCUGACCCCAUCUAUAUCCAGCUCCAGGAGCGAGGCUACAUCUGUAGGGCCUUUGCUUUAUCGAGGGAUCACACACAAAGCAAAAGCGCUAAAAGUAACAGCAGUAACCACGCCCAUGCAAAACUGGUGAACACCUGCUGGGGGUCAACGCCAAAGAACACCGCCAAUCUCUUGAAAAAGAAAAGUGUCAACAAUUCUUUGGCUGCCUCUGUGACCUCUAUUUAA